AAUUUUGGGAUGCAGGCGCAAGCACGCGGGCGGACGGCGGAGGAGGCGGAGAUGGGGCGCGCGCUGUGGCCGGAGACGGAGGCGGGGUUUGAGGCGCGGCUGGCGGAGUGGCAGGCGCAGGGCGCGCGGAUGCAGAAGGUGGCGGAGAGGAGGAGGGCGAAAUGGGCGAGACAGGCUAGGAGCAAGUGGGCCCGUGCGCAGAGGGCACGGGCUAAGAGCAAGAGCAGUGACGUUUCUGGGGAUGGUGGCAAUGUUGGCAGUGGUGGCAGUGGUGCUUCUGAUGCUGGUGCUGCUGGUGGUGCGAGUGGUGUUGGAGUGGCGAGUCUGACAAAGGACGAGCUGACGGACCUCAUGCCCGGAGGCACGCGAUCCUGGCAGCACCUCAAAGCCACCACCACUGCCUGCCAUCCCUCCUCUUUUCCCACCACUCCCACCACCACUCCCUCUUCCCUUUCUCCCAUCUGAUGCGGAGGAGAGAGAGGAGGGAGAGGAGAGAGUGGAGGAGGGAGAGGAGGAGAGAGUCGCUUCCGGAGUAUGGGGCGCUGCUAGGGAACGACCUGCUGUGCCCGGCUCUUCUCAUCUACAGGUCCUACGGCAUCCAGUUCACUCAGGCAUCAGUGAUCGGCCGCAUUGACGUAUUUCGCUGCGCGUUCACGAAGCUGGACUCACUGUUUGCCAUGGCGCCCUGGGACUAUGCAUACCACCCGGGGGUCAUCCGCAUGGGCAUGAGCGGCAUUGGAUUCAAUCUGACCUCGUCUGAAAACAUCAUUUCCAACAAUGACCUCUUCGGGGCCUGGGAGCUCAUCUAUCUCUAUCGGGGCACCAUCGGAGCCACAGUUCGCAACAACUUUUUGCACGACUACCUCUUUGCGGGCUUCAGGUGCAGUGUGGCGGUGCCUACAAAGAAUAGAGCGGCACGGUGCAGCUCUGCAGUACCCCUUUCCAUCUCCUGGGAGUGUGGUGCGGACGUGCACUUUGCAUGGGACUGUGUGCUGACCACCGUGGCGCACAACUUUGUGUUUUCCCCUCAAAAGAAGAACCUCACGGGGGACUCAGCUGGCAUCUACUUCUGCACGCACUGGUUCAACCCUGGCGUGGACGGGGUGAAGCUCAACAAUGGCAAGCGCAACCACAUCCGCAGCCUGCUCAUGGUGGGGCUGGGGCAGAGCCCCGGCUACAUCACGUGCUUCACAUUUACUGUUAACCACUGCGGGAAGGACCCCGGAUCGUACUGGGAGGCCAUGAGGCAGCUCUACUACAACACGCCUGAGAUCAACAAGGAAUGGCCAUGGAUGAAGCACGCGUGUCGGCAGACGCGCAUCGGUGCAUACAGCUGCAACCCGCGCGGGCUCAAUGCGCUCACGGGGCAGGAGACUGGAGCGUGCAGCGGGCUUGCGACAGAAAACGACGCCAAGUACAUUGUGGUUGAUCCCGACAUGAGUCUGGAUGCGGAGUACCGCUACUGCGAGCGAAACCCUGGAGCGCAUCAUUUGAACUGGCAGGUGGUGUACAGGUACGGUGGCAGCGAAAUGAAAUUCGCCGAUUAUAAAAAUGAGGAUUUUGCGGUUACGGAGGGGUCUGUAGUGCUGGCAAAACACCCGGAGUUUGUUUCGUGUCCGAGGAAGGAUGUGGGGAUCAUGCCAGUGACGAUUCAUUCGUACUACAAGGAUUGGAAUAUCCCGGAGCCGCCUUUCUUCCAGGCCAUGUUGGAUUUGCCUUACGAAAUGGUGUUUAAUAAUGAACUUUACUAGGCUUUAGGUUCAGAUAUUCAGAUUUUAUGGUAUGCCAUAUCGGCUGUUGGGCUGAGAUGAGCCCGUAGGAUCUUUGCAAAGACUAAGUCCCCACAGGGAUGUACUUGCGGAAGCGAGGUGU